UUUAUUUUACUUUGUUUUGAGACAGGGUCUCGCUAUGAGACAAGUUGGGCCUGGCCUUGAACUUGCUUAUGUAGCCCAGGCUGGCCUUGGAUUCACAGUGACCUUCUUCCCUCAGCCUUCCAAGAGCUGGAAUUAUGGGUGUGUGUCACUACUCCCAGCUUAUUGCUAGUAUUAGAAAUAAUUAUUAUAGUCUUUUAAAUAGAGUACAAUGGUAUCUCUCACUGUAGAUGUGAUUGGCCUUCUCCUGAUACUAAUGAGAAAAUAAUGGAAUUGAAAAUACUGGACUGUUUUGUGAAAAAUACUAGAUUGGUUUGUAAAAGGAUGUGGGUGUCUGUGUGUGUAUACAUACAGUAGUCCUUAAGACCACCUUGUGCAGUUAAGAAUAUAAAUGCUGUACACUUAUGAAAAUAUCACUCUAAAGUUUUGGCAUCAACCAGAGCUCCACUGGAUUAGACAGCCAGGUAACACCCGUGUUCCAGGGAGGAUGAAUACAAAAUAGACUCUGGUCUGUCUCUGAGAGGCUAGGCAGGUGGGGUCCAGAAGGCCCAGGAGGGUGCAGCACCCACUGUGCUAGAGAGUGGGGGAGGGGGAAAGCUGUGGCUGGGCCUCUCCUCACCCCUCCCCCAGCCCAGGAGCCCUUUGUGAUGAGGAGGCCACAGCUUUGUGAUGCAAACCUGGGACCCCUCCCUGCUACCAGACAGAACUCUCAGGGCUCAGUUGCCUGAGAGCAGCACUGCGAUUCAGAUGAUGGAGAAUCUUCUCACUCCUCUGAAAAGCCUUAGCGCCACGUGGCUGAGCCCCAGCUCCACCACCUUUGCCAUGGACAUGGUCCUUGCCAUUGUGUGUGGAGUGGGGCUGUACCUCCUGUUACUGCCCUGGCUCCCGGGUGAACCAUCCUUGCCCCCAUCCAGGAGAACUAGAACCAUCAGAAAGCGUCCAGUGCGGAUGAGGUGGAAGAGCAAGAGCAGGACCAGGAAGAGGACGGGCGCUUUCAGAGACCACCGGGAAUUCCUGGAGGAGACCCGGAACCACAUUUCUGUUCCAGAAAGCCUCCUGAGGAUGCUCCCUGAUGAAGACCAUCCUGCUGCUGUGUGCACAAGUCCACCUGCCACAGCCCCGCAGCCACAUGGGAAGGACGAGCACACCGCCACUCUGUCCUCAGUAGAGGCUUCCCCCUCCCCUCUCACUCGGAACCUUCUGCCUCUGGCCUCCUCUCCAUCGUCAGGCUGGUCCACAACCUCCUCGGAUCUUGAGUGUUCACCCACAGCCCUUACUUCCUCCCAGCCCCCAGAGCCCUUGCUUCUGCUGGACAGAAUUUCACCUCAGCCACUUCCACACUCCCUCCCCCCACCAUGUCCCCUCAAAUCUACCACAACCCCCCAACCCUGGUGGGACACUACAGAGAAGCCAAAUCAGCAGCUCGGUCCUCAUCAACUCUCACAUCCCAAGAUCCCAGGGCUCCACUUUGAGCAGAAAUGGAACCAGCUGUUCUGGGGUCUGCCCUCUCUGCACAGCGAAUCCUUAGUGGCUGCGGCCUGGAUUUCCCCGAACACUGCUGUUCCCCACUUUCAAUCCUCCUCAUUUAACAAAACCUCACAUUUUCACCCAACUCACCGGCAGGAGAAAAUGUCACUGGUGCUUCCUCAGGCCCAGGCCCCCUCCUAUCUGGAGCCCCAAUCCCCACCCCAAUUCCAGCCCCCACUUCUGGGUUAUGCCCUGACUCAGACCCACCCACGGUCCUCUCCCCCAGUCCUGUUAUCACCUCCUGUGUCCCACAGCAGGGACUGUGGAUCAGCCUGCUCUGCACCCCAUAGCACCCCACAGUCUCAGGUUCCAACUGAAAUUCAACACCCAGGAUGGCCCUUGUCCACAAAACAACUGGAGCGUGGGGGUGCUGCGCCCUCAGCAGCCCAAAGUUCUCAGGGGAGCGAUAGCCACCCCACUUCCAGCCUUCACCAAGGCAAGUAUGCUGCUGCCACCCUUCCUGGGACUUUUCCGCUCAACCCUGAGGUCCGAGCACAGCUGGAGCAGCACAUUCAAAGGUGGAUCACUCAACACUGUGGAGACCUAGCCAGCAAGACCCAGGGGUCUACAGGACUCACCCAGCCUCCAAGUGACUUGACUCUUUCCUGGGAGGCAAAGGACAAGGCUGGGCCCUCCCAUCUGCCCCUGUCUACAGCUGAAAGCAGCCAGGAUGAGCAGAUGAGGUUCCAGCCAAGCACGAACCCGGUCAGGAAUCUGGGGCAUAUUCUAGGCAAUGUCCCAAAAGAUCUGUCCAGGGCCUCAAGAAGCUACCCCGACAAGGAUCCGUGGGUGCCCUCUGAGGAGUCAGAGAGAACCCUGAUGGCGCCCAGGGAGAGAGACACUGGUAAUGACUCCCCAGGAAGUGCUGACAGGGGGCACAUAGAGGAUGUGCUGAAAGUGCACUUGGGCACAAAGAAUGGGCAGAUCCAUCAGGGGCUGAUCCCGCUGAGAGUGCGCCUGUCCUGGCUCAGUGUCCACGGUGCCUUUUCCACCUCUGACACCCACGUGGGGACCAGAAAGCCAGCAUCCUCCAGGGCUCAGGAAAUCUCUAUGAACCCCACCGAGAAGUUUUCCGUCUGGUACCCAAGCUGUCUACAGGACCUGGAGACGCACCUCACCAGGUUUAGGGUGAAGCGCAAGUGGGGUCUCCUCCUCAAGCUCCUCAAGGCUGCAAACCUCUUCAGGCCCACAAAGGCGCAGCUCUUAUCCUUGCCACAGUUUUCCCCACCCUCCUCAUCUUCUGGGGAUUCUUGGGUAGACUUGAUCCUUGAGGAUGCGGAGUUCUUGGGGGAACCACCUGAGGCAUUUCCUGAGGAUGAGGCCAGGGUCAAGGAGUCUGUCUCUCCACUGGGCAGUCCCCUGGUCUCCCCUCUUGUGCUAGAAGAAACCAAGUCAGAACCGACAGGUGUCCCACUGGUUGAUGGUCAGCCUUUAUCAGAGGGCCCCCUGUCCGGACAGGAUAGCAAGGGCCCUUCAGAGCAACUCACAUACAGCAGUGAUGACACAAUCCGUGACAGCAGGAUUGUUCAAAUGGUCAGCAGGGCUGACCCAACAGUCCCCUUGCAUCCUGGAACAUAUGUUGCCCAAGAUGCAGCAGAGCCAGGCCAUUGGGCAGACACCAUGAGGACAUUUCAGCAUGAAGAGAUGAAGUCAGCAAACAGUUCUCAAGAGAGUGGCUCGGGGUCCCAGCUUCCAGACAAUUUGGUAUAUGUUCCACCCCAGUGCCAUCACCACCUCAGGCCCCUAGGCCAGGUACUUGCUUCACAGAGGUUAGGUGACCUAAUGGCACAGAGAGAGUGCAGCCUGGGCCAGCAGAAGCCCAGGGUCCUGAUGCACCAGCACUCUCAGAAGAGCCACAGCAGGAUGUUUGCCCCCACUUACAAGCAGGAGGUCAGCAGGGGGACUGCCCCAGGGAAACAUGAAGACAGGAUGGGAGGCUUGGCCUCCCAGGGUUGGGGAAAGCAAGGCCCCCUGGAGAGGGAGCACCCUCGGCAUCUCCCACAGAAGCAGCCAGUGCCUUCAGAAGGCCGCUUCAAAAGAGCCCUGAAGAAAUUUCUGCAGUGGUUUUUACCCACGAAAAAAAUGAAAGGGCAGGAAGAUGCCCCCCAAAAAGGCAAGCCUGCAGGGGCCACUUACCGGAGCUGGAGACCGGCCCCAGGCAGACUGCGUGUGGACCGUGGUGCUGAUGAGGCUCAGGUGCUCCUGACCCCAGUUGGGCAGAUGCUAGACACUAAAAUGUGUUUUCACUGUGAAGUUCGUGACCUGAAGUUGAAUCAGCACAGACAGGAAGGAGGUCAAGACUCGGUCUCCCAGGCUCCCUGCUCCUUAGAGCACAGGGGAGCAGCAGGAUAUGUGGUAGCCCCCGAGUACCGCAGCCAUGGUCUCAGGGAGAGGCCCCCCCAGGAGUCCUUGAAAACUGGACAGCAAGGUUGGGGGCAGCAGGGCCAGAGGCUUCCCCACCCCUCAGUGCCCAUCAAGCCUGUGUGCCCUGUCAGCCCUGCCCAGCGUGGCCCCUCAGUCUCCAGGGCACCAGGCCAACAUCACUGCCCCAGGCAUUCUCUUUGGAGAGGGGUCUUAACUGAGCAACCGAGAGAUUUCUCUCCACUCUUUCUUACUAGGGAGCACCUCCAGGAGCACAAUAUGCGAUGUAGCAGAAAAUGAUUUUCUCACACUCUCCAUCCCUGAGACUUACU